UGUUCUUACUGUAGGAGGAGUUGUCUGCCGACAAGAUGUGGGUUGAAACCAGGUGUACUACACGGAAGCUAUUAGCAAACCAAUUAUGAAAAGGUUCAAGGACAUUCAGCGAUGCUUAUCGGUGUUUGAAGCUUCUCCACGUUUUUCUGAAAAACAGUUUCACACGCAGAUGUGCUCUAAAAACAAAGAUGCUUCUGCAGUUUCUCCAUCCAAGAGAGCAAAGACAGAAUCCACGCCUGAAGAAAAACAUGUGCUUAGAUUUUCUAAAUUAUCGGAGCAUGCCACAGCUCCUACACGGGGUUCUGCAAAAGCAGCUGGAUAUGACCUCUACAGUGCUUAUGAUUACUCCAUCGGUCCUCUGGAUAAGGCGAUAGUAAAGACAGACAUUCAGAUUGCUGUUCCCCAUGGACAUUAUGGUAGAGUUGCACCAAGAUCUGGCUUGGCAGCUAAACACUUUAUCGAUGUUGGCGCUGGUGUUGUGGAUGAAGACUACCGGGGCAAUGUAGGUGUCGUGCUCUUCAACUUUGGCAAGGAAACAUUUGAAGUGAAAAAGGGUGACCGGAUCGCUCAGCUUGUCUGUGAGAAGAUCUGCUACCCAGCUCUGGUAGAGGAAGAGACACUUGAAGAAACUGACCGUGGUGCUGGAGGCUUUGGAUCUACUGGGCGCAACUAAAUGAUCCAAAUGUUACUGGAGUAGCAAUAACUGUUUUUCCUGGUAUUGAAAAUGAGGUGCUUUUAAAGUUGUAUUUUUUGGGUUUCUUUCAUACAGGUUAAUCUGGUUUCUCGCUCCAUGGUUUCUAUAAGCAAGCAGUAGUAGAAGUUUUACAAAUUUCCACAUGGGGGCAGUACAGGACUGGAAUUUUUACCGACGUUUUUAAACUACACUCCUCUGCUGCCUGCUAAGUGCUAUAACUCUCUGAUACAGGGUAAAAUGUGAGAUUUCUGUGUACAAUAUCCAGUUAUUUUGUAUCUGAUUUACUGUGUACCUGGGAGGUUCAUGUUUCCAACUUUGUUAAUUGGCCAAUGGGAUAAAUAA